AUGGAAGAAUCCCUCAUCCUGUCCAAAUUCGACAACCUUGUCCAAUCCGGCAUCGUCCAAUACGAUGAUAAACAACAAAUCAUCGAGCACAUUGAUGGCGACCUCAAAUUUCAAUUUGUCCUCACUUCUGCCCUCAUUAAAAAGCCCACCCUAACAACCGCCGAGUCCCAACCCGAUGCCAACACCCAAAAACCCGAAAAACGAGAAGGCAGCGACAUAAGCACAACCGGAUUCGAGCUCGGCGCCCUAGACAGCCACUUAGUGAUCGUGAACAAGUUCUGCUUCGCGCGACCCCACCUCAUGCUCCUCACGUUCGAUGGAUACAAACGACAAUAUGAGGCGCUCGACAAAUCCGAUCUAAACGACACGUGGCAGCUGCUGAACUCUGCACAGAGCGACUACGUUGCGUUUUACAACUGCGGCCCGAAUGGCGGAUGCAGUCGCCUGCAUAAGCAUCUGCAGGUGAUGCCCUUGCCGGCGAACAGUUUUGCUGCCUUUCUGGAUUCUCCAGAUGAGACUGAGACUAAAGUUCCAUUUCGGUGGUUCUAUCGACGCUUUGAGGGUAAUGUGACAUCCGCUGCGUUGUUCGGAACCUACAAAGACCUGCUGGAGGAGGCUACAAAGGUGGGCGGGGAGUAUACGACGGAUGCACCGCCUGGAGCGGUCUGUCCGCAUAAUGUAAUUUUUACUAAGAGGUGGAUGAUUGUGCUGCCGAGAAGACGAGGCGCGAUUAAUAAGGAGGCUGGGGUGAAUUCGUUGGGAAUGCUGGGGGUUAUCGCUGUGGCUACGACGAAGGAGAUUGAUAAUUGGGUCAGGUUGGGGUUGACGGAGUCACUAGCAGAGCUGGGAGUGCCUAAGGGGAUAUAA